AAAUAGUGUGACAAAGGAAACCCCAAUCCCUUUAGCAUUUGGUCUGUGUCUUCCUCUCACUGGAAGAAGCGAGAUCCAUCUAUACGGGAAGCAAUGUUUCCACAAAUGGAUCUGACGAAGAUGGACCCUGGAACACUCACUUUACUAGGGGCAGCAUGCUGUGUGAUUCUGACCAUGCAUUUCACCAUACAGUUACUAUCGCAACAUCUUUUCUAUUGGAAAAAUCCAAAGGAACAGAAGGCUAUAAUAGUUAUUAUCCUUAUGGCUCCUUUGUAUGCUAUAGACUCCUUCGUUGGUUUGGUAGAUAUUCAGGGCAGCAAAGCCUUUUUCACUUUUCUGGACUCUAUUAAGGAAUGUUAUGAAGCUCUCGUGAUUGCCAAGUUCAUGGCUUUGAUGUAUAGUUACUUGAACAUUUCUCUCAGUAAGAACAUUGUGCCAGACGAAAUUAAAGGAAGGGAGAUCCAUCAUUCUUUCCCUGUAUCUCUUUUUCUGCCUCACACUAUCCGGUUAGAGCACCAUACAUUGAUGCUUCUAAAGUACUGGACAUGGCAAUUUGUUGUAAUUCGGCCUAUCUGCUCCAUUCUAAUGAUUGCAUUACAACUUCUUGGGCUGUACACCACUUGGAUCAGCUGGACUUUCACCAUCAUACUGAACAUUUCAGUUUCCAUGGCAUUGUAUGCGUUGGUGAUUUUCUACCAUGUGUUUGCUAAGGAACUGGCACCACAUAAGCCUCUAACGAAAUUCAUGUGCAUCAAAGGAAUAGUCUUUUUUUGCUUCUGGCAGGGAGUUGCACUCGAUGUGUUAGCUACGGCAGGAGUUAUUCGAUCACAUCAUUUCUGGCUGGAUGUAGAGCAUAUCGAGGAAGCCAUACAAAAUGUCUUGGUGCUUUUGGAAAUGGUGGUUUUCUCUGUCCUCCAGCAGUAUGCUUAUAAUGUUGCUCCUUAUACAGGAGUUGAUGCAAGAAAGUCCAUAUCUGACAAGAAGAACGAGUAAUGAUGUUCCAAAAGCAAAGAUACAUGAGUCCCCAUCUUAUAUUAUUUCGUUGCUUUUGUGCUUCGUUCCCAUUUUGUCUUCUGGAAGUUGAGAUUAUAAUAUAACUCUUUUGAAUAGAACAGAUGUAGUAUGUGCUCAUAUUUUGAACAAAUAUGUUGCAGAUCCUUCUGUCGUUG